GUCGCCCCUUUCUUUCCGUGCGAUCGUUCGAUGGCUUCGGAAGCGCUUCCUUCCUUCGUCUCGGCUCCUCCUCCUCUCACCACGAGAGGCGGCAGCGGCAGAGAGCCUUCCUCUUCUCUCCUUCCUCCUCGUGCUGUCUCCCUUCUCCUACACCACCGCCCUCCCUCCCCGGCGAGUCACCGCCUGGCCGCCCUCUGCUCGGUUGAUCUCUCUACCGUCCCUCUCCUGUCGUCUCGCCGAUGCUACCGGAGGGGAGGAGCGGUCGCCUCGGCUUCGUCGUCCUCUUCAUUUGGUGGAGGUGAGGAGGGGGGAGAGGAGGAUGAGGUGGAGAGGGCGCUGGGGAUGGACGGAAGCAUCCCCCGGAGCUCGCAGGAGUUCGUCAGGCGGGUCUCCUCCCGCGCCUACGACAUGCGCCGCAACCUCAUGCAGUCCCUCGACUCCAUCAGCUACGAUGUGUUGGAGGCCAAUCCAUGGAGAGAAGACUCCAAACCGGUUUAUGUUUUGGCACAAAGAGAUAACCAAUUAUGGACAAUGAAAACACGUCGUAGCCGCAGCGAAGUGGAAAGGGAACUUGGGCUGCUGUUCUCUAAAGGGGGAAAACGGGGAUCAGAAGUCGGCACUAAAGCUAAACAGAGUACUGGGACAAAGUUUCACAUGCUUGUGGAAGAUAUCAGAGAGGGAGUGCUUGUCUUUGAAGAUGAGGAUGAAGCAGCAAAAUACUGUGACAUACUACAGGGAGGAGGCCAAGGUUGUGAAGGCAUUGCAGAGCUGGAUGCAUCCUCUGUUUUUGAUAUUUGUCGUAGGAUGAGGGCUCUUGCUGUUCUGUUCCGUCGAGGGAGAACACCACCAUUACCUAAAAGCCUUGAGCAGAACCUAAAGGCUAGAAAGAGGUCACUGGAGGAUCAGGACCCUAUGUGAAACCAUACAUAGUACAUGAGCAUGCUGUAUAAUAUUGCCUUGUAUUUAACAACCAAAAAUAUAAUAUAAAAUUUCAUAUGAUUUAAGAAUACA